CGAAAGAAAAGUGUAGCCUCCUUCUUUCAUUGCGUUUCUUCUCAUCGAGAUCCUUCUUCUCGUGAGAUACUCCCUCCUUCUCUUCUUUUUUUUCCCACCAAAAUGGACGAGGGAAAAGUGAAUUCUCCUUCUUUCAUUAUGUUUCUUCUCUUUGUCAGGUCCUCGACCUCAAAUUUGGUGAAGCUCCAUAUCGAUCAAGAGGGGAAAGAUCUAGAUUUCAGAGAGAGGGAAAGCAUGGGGACUCGUGAG